CCAACGAGUUCCCAUGCAAUUUUCCUCUCGUCACUUUUCAAAAAAUGGUCUCCAUGUGAUAAUGCACUUUCAAAUAUUAUACCUAUUACACCUGUGCCUCAGGAGAAAAGAAUUUGGCCUGUGGACCUACGAUUCGACACUACUACCCUAAUCAUCAAUACUUUGAGGUUGCUUGGAAGAGAAGCAUACGACCAUGCGGCCUUCGCUACGCACAAGCUUUUAACAAAUGGAAAAUUCGAAUCAGAAGACUGGGAAACUGUUGAUUUGAUCCCUACCCCAGAUGGACCAGAGGCUAUUAAAAAUCUGGAAUGGGUAUUGUGUCACGCCACACAACGAUUCUCAAUCAAGGGCCCUCGCGUGCUCGGUAUUGUCAGCGAGUAUGCCUCUGUGCUUCUUGAGAAUUCCCAAGGUGAUGGGUCAGCCGCCAGAGCAUGGUAUUUGUGGUUACUAACUACAUUGGCUGAGCAACUUGGCACCGAUAAUCCUAUGGCGGUUCGUGCAUACAUUGGGUUUGGAACCGCUACAGUCGACUGUCGAGAGGCCUUAUGGUUUCUAAGAGAAGCUUGGCAUAUCCUGAAGGAUCGAUAUUGGUUACACCUCGACAAAAGAGGCGUCAAUCUUGCUAUGGAGAGGAUUGGGCGAAAGGGUCGGGGCUGCUUCGCCGAUGCGGGAGUAACCGAGGAGGAGCUUCAUUGGGUGACCGCUCUGAUCGACGUAGUGGGGCCACCACUGACCUCGAUGGCAUUUCGUGUCAAGCCUCAUCCGCUGAUGAGAGGGGCAUCGGCUGAUGCUGCGGUGGGAUACUUGGAAUCGCAUUCUUUGGCAGAAUACGAUAUUCCCCCUUAUCUGUUGUUCCAUCUCUUACGAGUUGGAAAGAUUUGUGAGGCGAUAUACUUUUUCCCGCAACAAUGGACAAAGACUCGGGAAGAGAUUCUAGAGCCAUUCUAUAAGAUGCUUUCAACCCUGCCUCGGGAACAGGCCAAAAGCGUGGGGCAGGGCAUAGUCCUGGGUAUAGAUUGCGCAGUCAGGCCACCCAGGGAUGCUUCUGAGCAGUUAGCCUUUGAAUCCUCUUAUCUCUACCUAGCUGGCCUACACCAAAUAGCUCCUCGAGAGGAAAUUUUGCAAAAAGGGUUAAGAUGUCUAACUACUCCAGAAAUCAAGAACCCUAGCUGGUAUCAAGCAUGCGAUUGUUUACCGCCAUCUUGUUUAUCGCGCCAUUUAGCUCAGCAUAUAGCUGAUAUUAGAUUAGAGAUAUCAUAGUUUAGGG